CGCGGCUUACGAUUUUUUCGGUGGUCAGGCUUGGAGGCUCUCUAGCGCCAUAUACAGACCCGGUUUUACAGUUUAACGUGUGCGUCUUCCGUCGUACUUCUACUGGAACGGUAUUCAUAGUCUUCAUUGCGUUGUAUCAAUUUGUGCAAUUUUACCGCUCAAUUCCGGGUAACAAACACGACGUUCUCACAUGUCGGCCAUUUGCUUGCGUACUUACUAUCAUCGGGCGCCCAUUGUGAAACCUAGUGUUGGUCACAAUCCAGCCAUUUGAAUGCGAGCCUUAAGUGUGGAAUAUGCUAACGGCACUCGAUAGUCGAGGCACUAUGUUUCACCCUUUGAUGCCAGCGCCUCUGUGAUGCCGGAUAAAGAAACCGAAUCGGUGAAGCCGAUUUCGGCGAAGCUGGACCGUGAUACAGUAACAUCUGACAUGAAGACUAGAACUCCGAAGAAGGCCGUUUUUACGCGAGGUAGCAGAUCUGAACAUCAACGGUCGCUGAAUGCCGUCUUUUGCGGAUGCAUUGCCCCACGGGGUGACUAUACGACCUCCAGGGAAUGUCCGCACCCAGGUCCGAAUACACAGUUGUUACCCUCCAGUGCCGUGCAGUCAAUGAAAAGGUUGAGCCUGUCAGACCAAGGGGACGCAGAUUCUAGCCAUUCGGUGACCGGAUCCACUAUCAAGCUUUCCCAAGCCACGCGGCAAAACGCUCGGCUUCCUUCAUCCGUCCUUUUUCCUAAUUCGUUGCUACUACCUCCUAAAGAUCAGCUUUGUACCAGCGAGACGCAGCAGUUUAAGCCUAAUAAUAAAGUAGACAGGAGAUGGCGCAAAUUCAGACUGCGCAGGAAGGGACUUACUUCCACGGUUGUGCGCUGUGAGAAACCCUGCGAAAGCAACACGGCGAAGGUCCUUAUCACAACGACAGAAAAUGUACCAGAAGACAACGGAGUAGACAUUCCUAAAAUAGACGAAGCCCUUGUGUUUUCUCCACUUCCAAGUCAGAAGGCCCCCGAAAUGACUAACGUCCAACAUGGACUGCCAGUUCAAAAAGUGGACGCCACUUUACUCUACGCACCACGCUUUGAGUCUCUAUUUCGGAGACACACCACAUUGCUUGGUCCUCGAAGUGAAAACGACAAAGGAAAGAAGUGUUUCGUCAUCGAUUUGGAUGAAACCCUUGUACAUAGUUCAUUCAAGAUGGUCGAACAAGCUGACUUCAAAGUUGGUGUGGAGAUCGACGGUGUUACACAUCGUGUGUAUGUACUCAAACGACCCCAUGUAGACGUAUUCCUCUCAACUAUGGCUAAUUUGUACGAGUGUGUCCUUUUCACUGCCAGCCUGGCUAAAUACGCGGACCCGGUGGCUGAUUUUCUGGAUAAAUGGAGUGCAUUUCGAUACCGAUUGUUUCGGGAAUCGUGUGUUUACCACAGAGGAAAUUACGUGAAAGACCUGAGUCACUUGGGGCGUCCGAUCAAUCAAGUGGUCAUUUUGGACAACUCUCCGGCAUCCUACAUGUUUCAUGCAAACCAUGCGGUUCAAAUAUCUUCUUGGUUCGACGAUGUGAAUGAUCGUGCCUUACUGGACCUCAUUCCAUACUUUGAGCGGCUCGCCUCUCACCCGAACGUCGUGGAGUUCCUGCGCACCAACACACCUCCAACGCCGCAUGCUGCCGUGGGUACUGUCGGGCUUUCGACCGGGGUCUUUUCCGCUCUGGCACCCACAAGUGAUCCGAUUGGUCGUUCGUGUGACAGUGGUGGUGUAAUAUCGAGUAUCCGGCGGCCAGCUGUAGCCUCGCCUCUUCCAAUCUCUGUGGCCGAAAGUCGAGUUUCCUCCCGCGCCAUUCCCAUUACUUCUACCUCAGAUUCACAUCCUCAUUCAGAUUUACGAAAGCACCAUAAUAGUGCCGGUUCCUCCCGUGUUCUCAGCUCCAAUGCUUUGCCUGUGAUUACUAAAAUGGCAGCCCCCAGUAGUGGACCGUCCCUCAAUCCAACACACGCGAACAAUGAUCCGUCUGUAUCGUUUCCUGCUCCUUUGAGCCUUGCCAGUUAUCUUCCGAUUCCUCCUCUCACCAACUCACCUGUGACUAUACUAAGCGCCACCUCUGGAACUUCAUCUCAGGCUCGUUCGCAUGAUUCCAUAGCAACCCCACCUAAUCUAACGGGACCUACAUCACUUCUUAAUUCAUCGAGUAUCCACCCAACUGGUCUACCUCAGGGCACAGUGGACCGAUCAAAGGUCAACGUUUAUCCCAUACCAUCAAUCACUCGUGUUUCUACUCCAUCGGCCUACACUCCGUACUCCUCACUCGUACGACCAAAAACACCACCCAGUAUCUUGGCUGCACACAGAUCAGAAACCGGCGGCAACCAACCGGCUGGCUCAUCCAGCGAGGAUCACACCUCUUCCCUUCCAAAUCAGCCACAGAAACUUGGAACUGUAAAGUCUGUCCCUGGUAACUUUUCACCUCUGCAAACUGUUAGCCCACCUCCAUCCGUCAACCAAAGUUCCAGUGCUAGCCGCAAGCCCAUAUCAUGACUGUUCGUCCAACCAACCACUACUUGUCCAGUAUUUGUCUAUUUUCAGCCUGUACGAGCUGCUUGUCAUUUCGAAUAACGAUAAUUUCGUCGUGGCACUAAGUCCAGGCUAGACGAUUUGCCGUGUAACUUGCGCCUGAAAUCCAGAUAUUCUAAUCUCAUCCUGUGGCCCUCAGAAAGAACCAAUCGUCAGUUCGAUCUUCCGUCUGUAUGAUUUGCCGAUCGUUUGAACAACGGCUCAGCUGUCCAGACGUAGCUCACACUAUUAUAGGUACUAAAACACUAUCCAGUGCAAUCUUUGGUGCAAUAUACUGGGGGGCUACUGUCACACAGAUACUUAGCAGUCUUUCCGCCCUGCAGCGAUGAACCCCCUCCUGUGGGGCCUGCGUUUUUUUUCUGGUUUCCCAAAAUGAUUUACCCCUGAUUUUUAUUUUGUGAUAUUUCCCCCGUUCGUUUUUUUCCGAGCUUAUACCUAUACACCCAUCCUUUUAUUUGUGUGUAUAUAUAUACAUAUAUUUGGUGCUACUGGGACGGCGCUGAUGUACUUUGCGCCAAAUCAGCGCCGAUUUGAAGAGGUGUAGAAUUAUACCCUCCAUCCCCGACCCUGUUGCUUCCAAUCUCUUCCGUGCUGUCUAAGGAAAGCAAACCACAUUGCUAUGAAAAGCAUUUCGAUCAUUAUGCUGCGCCAUUUUCAUGAUUUCUUGGUGGAUAUGGAUCCCAACGAAUCUGUCCACUUCGUAUGAGUUCAAUUUCAAGUCGCCAUUGGUCGGCCAUCGUUAGGUAACCAUCCCAGCAAGUCUCCUUCUUGCUGCUGUUCCUAUCUGGCAAUGCAACCUGGUUUAUAUCGACUUCCUUAUCGUUAUUUUUUUUAAAUUUCUCUUUAUCUUUUCAUUUGUUUUGUUUUCUCUGUUCGCUUACAGCUGCUAGUUCCCAGACAUUUUUCGUUAUGUAUAAUCCUAGUGCACCUAUUGUGUCGUGGCCCAUCGCGAUCGUCUCUAAGCACGGUAGGAGAAUCGGUGCCUUCAUAAACCCAAGCCAACCUACUUGUAAAGAAGACAAACUCUAUCUGUUUAUCAUCGGACUCGAUGUCCCUCUUCUUUGUCU